AUGGACAAUUCUGACCCCCAGGUUCUGAUCAUCGGUGCUGGCAUCAGUGGCCUGGUGUUGGCCCAGCAUCUCCAACGUCUGGGCGUGCGAUUUGAGAUCUUCGACCGCGACUCCGCUCUCGAUGCACGCAACGGUGGGUGGGGUUUGACGCUGCACUGGGCUCUACCUAUCUUGCGCGACUUGCUUCCGACGCAUCUUGUGGAUAAAUUUCCUGGCACCUUCGUGAACAAGGAUGCCUCGUCGCGUGGCGAUGUCGGCAGUUUCCAAUUUUUCAAUCUGAAGUCUGGCGAAGCACUGUACAGUAUUCCGGCUCAAGAGCGCAUUCGAGUCAAUCGGGGGAGAUUGCGUGAGCUGUUGACCAGUGGAAUUAAUGUUCAUGUCGGUCGAUACCUGGAGGUUCAAAGUUCGACUACAAGGCUCCUGCUAACCUCGUCACAGUGGGAUAAAACACUCCUGAAUAUCGAAUCAUCGGUUGAAUCAAUUACCGCCUACUUCGACGAUGGCACUUCGUAUACAGGUCGCUUGCUCGUCGCCUGUGACGGAGCUCGGUCACGCGCUCGACAGAUCUUGUAUCCAAACGACUGUCAGAUGAACGCAUUGCCAGUCCAGCUUCUUGGAGCUUCACCGUUGUACAAACCAGAGGAGAUGGGUGGAGCACAGUCUAUUGAUCCCUACAUCUUUCAAGGUUCCCAUCCUGAAACUGAUAUAUUUAUGUUCUUCAGCUGUUGGUCUCUUCCGCUGCCCGUUUUGUGUUCGGUUGCUAAUUUCAUAGUCCUCGACACUCCAAGCAACUAUGAGGAAAGCUCUCGAGACCAGUAUCACUGUCAGAUUAUUGUCUCCUGGGCUGACUCCAAAGAUAUCACCCUGCCGAGCGAUAAUUCCGACCGUGUCGCUCUUAUGAAAAAGCUGACCGAUAACUGGGCCGAGCCUUUCCGCUCGCUCGUUCAAAAUUUGCCAGAAGACAUCGAAGCGCGCUCUAUUCGCGUGGAGGAUUGGCUCUUCCAACCCGGCCGUACAAACGUACACGCUAGAGCAGUCACCCUCGGGGAUGCAGCACAUACAAUGACAAUGUUCCGCGGCGAGGGCGCUAAUAACGCGAUUUACGACGUUCUCGACUUGGUUAAGAGAGUGGACAUGCGGAACUCGAAUAGAUCGUUUGAAUUCGAGGCGCUAUCUACCUCGCUAGCUGCCUUUGAAAAGGACAUCUUUGCACGCGUUGAGCCCAGUGUGCUAAAAUCACGUCAGGCAUGUCUGGAUGCUCACCAAUUUUCCAAGAUCGCUGGAAGUCCGUUAGUUACAGAGCGAAAGAUUCAAGUAACCCAAGAGACGAGGGCGGAGACGGAGCCGUAA